AGCCGCCUUGGUUUCCUUUCCUUUGAGAGAGAGAGAGAGAGAGAGAGAGAGAGAGAGAGCGAGACAUGGAAGGAGGGUCAGCGUUCAACAAGCUCGAAUACCUUUCGCUUGUCUCCAACAUUUGUUCUGAACUCGAAGCUAACCUCGGCAUAUCCGACAGAGUCUUGGCCGAGUUCAUAGCCGAGACAGGUCGCAACUCCGACGUUGUCGACGACUUCCAGGCAACCUUAAAACAAAAGGGUGCGGACAUGCCGGAAUAUCUCAGCCGUUCCUUGUUGAAGAUCAUCCACGCUAUUCUUCCUCCAAAGGGAAACCCCUCUCACUCUCACUCUCACAAGAACCCUGCCGCCAUUGAGGAAGGAGUUGAAAGGAUUCAGAGGAGCAAGAGGCAGAGGGAUGACGAUGACGAUGACGAUGUUAGGACCGGGUACCGAUGUAGAAGGAGGUAUUCGGAUUCGGAAGAGGAUGAGCAGGAGAGAUGGGAGAUGAAGCAGCUGAUUGCCUCCGGUGUUUCGGGUGCUGCAAUGCGUGAUGGACACGAAUUGCAAUUUCGAGAAGAGGGUUUUGGGGAAGAAGAGCAUGAGACCGAGUUUGAUGAGGAGCAAUUAGCACUUUUGCAAGGGCAGAGUGGAUACUCGAUUGAUAUGUCACCGGUUAGGAUUGUGCCGAAUCCCAACGGGUCAUUGAGUCGUGCAGCAGCUCUUCGAUCAGCGCUGCAAAAGGAGAGUAGAGAAAUAACAAGAGUGGAAGAGAACAUGAGGCUCAAUGCAGCUCCAAAGGAUUUGAAUCGCGCUUGGGAAGACCCUAUGCCGGGAAGGGGUGAGAGGCAUUUUGCACAAGAGCUUCAGGGUGCUACUGCUGCUCGCUUUUCGGGUUAUGACAGGCCCGAGUGGAACAAGAGUGCUUACGAAGGAGCCCUGGAUCUUGGGCAGAGUUCAAGCCUUUCUCUUUGCGAACAGCGCCAGAGCUUACCAGUUUACAGGUUGAAGAAAGAACUGAUUCAGGCUGUGAAAGAACAUCGGCUUCUUGUUGUCAUUGGUGAGACUGGUUCGGGUAAAACUACGCAGAUAACUCAAUAUCUUGCUGAAGCAGGUUACACCACAAGGGGAAAAAUCGGUUGCACUCAACCGCGAAGAGUUGCAGCCACGUCUGUGGCCAAGAGAGUUGCUGAGGAAUUUGGUUGUCGAUUAGGGGAGGAAGUUGGGUACUCUAUACGAUUUGAUGAUUGCACUGGACCGGAUACUGUGAUCAAGUACAUGACCGAUGGGACGCUUUUAAGGGAAAUUUUGAGUGAUAAAAACCUGUCUCAGUACUCCGUGAUCAUCCUUGAUGAAGCUCAUGAAAGAACAGUCUCCACUGACGUUCUUUUCGGAUUGCUGAAGCAACUUGUUGAAAGGCGACCUGAUCUUCGCUUGAUUGUUACUUCUGCCACAUUGGAUGCAGUGAAGUUUUCAGAUUAUUUCUUUCAUUGUCAGAUAUUUACGAUUCCUGGUAGAACUUAUCCGGUAGAAUUAAUGUACUCGAAACAGCCAGAAAGUGAUUACUUGGAUGCAGCUAUAUUGACUGUUUUGCAACUUCACUUGACUAAACCCGAAGGUGACAUACUUGUGUUCCUGACGGGUGAGGAGGAGAUUGAAUUUGCUUGUCAGUCUCUGUAUGAAAGGAUGAAAGUACUCGGUAGAGAAGCUCCGGAAUUGAUUAUUCUACCAGCUUAUGGUGCCCAACCGAGUGCAGAGCAAUCGAAGAUAUUCAAGCCUGCUCCUUCAGGGAAGAGAAAAGUGGUUGUUGCUACCAAUAUUGCUGAAGCCUCUUUGACCAUUGAUGGGAUAUACUACGUAAUUGAUCCGGGAUUUGCAAAGCAAAAUGUAUUUAACCCAAAGCUUGGGAUUGAUUUACUGGUUGUAACUCCAAUUUCUCAAGCAUCAGCCAAACAACGAGCUGGGCGCGCUGGGCGGACAGGAGCUGGGGAAUGUUACCGCCUUUACACUGAGAGCGCUUUUCACAAUGAGAUGUCUCCUACCACGGUUCCAGAAAUCCUAAGAACAAAUCUUGUGCAUACUACACUUAUGAUGAAAGCAAUGGGGAUACACGACCUCAAAUCUUUUGAUUUUAUGGAUCCACCGUCAUCCCAGGCGCUCGAGUCUGCCAUGAAACAGCUGCAAAGUCUAGGAGCUUUGGAUGAGGAGGGGUUACUGACCAAAUUGGGUAGAAGAAUGGCAGUGUUGCCUCUGGAUCCACCUUUAUCGAAAAUGCUGCUUGCCAGUGCGAACCUUGGAUGCAGUGAUGAGAUUGUGACAAUCAUUGCCAUGCUUCAGGCCGGAAAUAUCUUCUACAGGCCUAGAGCAAAACAAAGCCAAGCAGAUCAAAAGAAGGCCAAGUUUUUCCAGCCUGAGGGAGACCAUCUGACUUUGCUCACUGUUUACGAGGCUUGGAAAGCCAAGGAUUUUUCUAAACCCUGGUGUUCUGAGAACUUUUUACAGUUUCGGUCGUUGAGCAGGGCAAGGGAUAUCAGGAAACAGCUUCUUACUGUCAUGGGCAAGUAUGAAUUAGAGGUUGUAAGUGCAGGAAGAAAUGUCGUAAUGGUCAGAAAGGCAAUAAUUGCUGGAUGCUUCUUCAGAGUAGCAAGAAAGGAUCCAAAGGAGGGUUAUAGAACCUUAGUCGAUAAUCAGCAAGUUUAUAUCCACCCGAGCAGCGUUCUUUUCCAGAGACAACCAGCUUGGGUCAUCUACAAUGAGCUUGUGAUGACCACGAAGGAGUACAUGCGUGAGGUCAGUGCCAUAGAACCCAUGUGGCUGAUGGAGCAGGUUCCAAGAUUCUUUAAGGCGGCAAAUCCUACAAAGAUGAGCAACGGAAAACGUCAAGAACGUACUGAACCACUGUAUGACAGAUAUCAUGAGCCCAACUCAUGGCGCCUGAGCAGAAGGCAUGCUUGAUUAUGUAUAGAUAAGAAAUUUUACAGCUCUUGUGUGCAGCCACCUCGUGUAGAUAUAUUUCACCACCUCAUGCAGAUAUAUAUUCCUGCCAAAAUUGUGCCUUCGGGUUUGUAUGCUACAAUAUUUACUUUCCACGGAUUAUACACAUGUAUGAUUUGCUUACUUGUCCUUCAUUUAUCAAUCUAGUUUACUUAUCUCUUUCUGUCUUGUUGUGGAACUAGUUGACUUAUCGGAUCUUGCUGAACUUUAAAGCUGAAUCACAGUUUGUUGCGUUGAUAUAACUAGUGCACGAUCAUCAUUCGUUUGUGGAGUGCCAGCAACAUUUCUCACUUCAUGUUUUUACGGAACAAGUGCACGAUCAUCUUUCGUUCGUGGAGUGCCAGAAAGGACUGUCUGCAGUGACUCUCCGACUGCCAACUGCAGGUUUUAUAUAUUUAACUCUGCACGUAUCAAAUUGUCAAUGAGUGAGGCUGCUACUUCUACUUGUGCAGUCGCUCUCUCUUGACGAAGUUCAGUCUCCAUCUCCAUACGUUAUGAUGCGUUUACUCAUGUAAUAGGUUUUACAGACGCAGUUAAACAACAUAAUAUUUUCAUUUUGUUUUGUAGCCAUCUUAUGUUGCUAAUCAUGAGACUCUAGAAGGUAAAAUGGGGGUUAUAAAAUACUCUGGGGAUCUACCUGGGUCUUACUAUUGACUAAUAUUUCAUCCAGUUUUAUAUAUCUCAUCUUAUUUAUCUCAAGCCUGAUUCACGAGGUGUAAGUCAUAAAUCAAGGAUGAAGUGAUAAAUAAUUGAAUACAUGUAAUAAUUUGCACUUGAUUAUCUCUCACAUGACGUAACAUGCGUGAUGUGAGUUAAAGAUAAGAAGUGAUGAUUAACCUGUUACAAGAAGAAUUUAGCGCUUGAUCUGGUGCACAAAAUGUUCUAAAAGACGAUAGGCGCUAGUCAAGCGGUGGAUUGUGGCCUAGCGCCUAGGCGGUACCUAUGUGGAUACGGGCGUUUCUAAGGUGCGGACCUAAAUCGGAUGGAGGAGAUGAGCCGAGUGUAUCUGUGGAACCGGGUGUUUGAGUGUAUCUCAAUACCCGUAAAGUUCAUGGGUAAAACCUGGGAAAAUUUCUGGGAAAGCCUGAGGAAGUGGAAGGGAGCUGGAGGUGCAUUAGGGGAAGAGAAAGGGAGUUGGCCUGAGGAAGUCGAAUUCAGUCAUUUUUGUAGUCAAUUUUGGGGUAUGAGCAUAAAUUGGUAGUUAAUUCUAGUGUAUCUGCAAAUUGAUGUAGAACUAUCUUCUGUCUAAUUACAUGCUUGCAGGUGGUCUUGGCCUGUCUGGUGUUGUGUCAGUAUUGUUCACAGGAAUGGUAAGUGGACGAAUAUUGCAUCCUGUAUGUUUGCUGUGAUGAGACUUUGGUCACAAUCUUAUUUUAUUAGUCUUUCAAUUUCUUUACAUUUUUUGUUUCAUUUUCCAUCUUGUCCAUUUUGUAUAAAUCGCUGUAUUUUGGUAUGGAAACUCUUAAUCAGUUUGCCGAAUGAUUUUCUGCAGGGCAGCUAAUGUUUUUUUUCUUCUUGUGCGUAUUUGGUCUACUUGGUUCGACUUGGAUCUGCACAGAGACUAUAUUCACUGCAACCACUGUCAUAGUGGUUCUCAGACUUCUGACGGUACACAAACUGAUCCCUGUCAUCAAUUUCGAAUCUUCUUCAAAUGUCUGGUGAAUAUUGAGGACAUGUUUCCUCUAAUAGAUGUCUGUAGAGAAAUACGUCGUCUUGCCCUUUGUUAAAAUACUAGUCAUGAAUUGAAUCUGAUUUCUGCA